AUGGCGGAUGCUACAUACUACAUCGACGAAGACGUCGGCCACGACACGGCGGAACAGACUGGCGACGAAUCUCUGCCGUACAAGAGUCUGGGAUAUGCUGUCCUCACUCGCGGCGAGACCGCAAAGUUCAAGACAAGAAAGAGCGUCACUGGUGAGGUUGCAGAGGGCGCCGAUCCGUCGUCAAGACUCGAGUGGAAAGAUGCGGCCAAGUCGGCGCUGAAGAAAGCUGUCAACUACGCAAAGGCGCAGAAGAAGAAGGCCGGGAAAGAGGAGGAACAGUUGGCGCUGCGCCAGAAGGAGGACGCCGCCCGCAACAUCGUCCUUGAUGAGGCCAAGAAGAUCGUGCUGGAGGAAGACACAAGCCUGCCCGCGGCAAUCAAGAUUAAGCUCGAUGACACCGACCCGAAGAAGAUCUCGCUGGGCAACGGAAAGGAUGUCAAGGGCACGCGAGUCCGCGUCUUCGGUAGGGUACAUCGUGAGCGCAGGCAGAAGGAGGUCAUGUUCAUCACAUUAAGAGACGGGUACGGCUACAUGCAGGUCGUCAUCACCGGCAAGCUCGCAAAGACCUACGACGCCCUCACACUGACGCGCGAGACGAGCAUGGAGAUCUUGGGUGAACUGAGGGAGGUACCCGCAGGCGCACAUGCGCCCAACAACCGCGAACUACAGGCAGACUUCUACAAGAUCCACGACGGGUGGCAGGCUGCUGGUGGAGACGACGCCAUCACCAACAGGGUGUCCAAGGACACUGAGCACGCGACACUGCUGGACUUGCGCCACCUUACCCUGCGUGGAGAGACCGCGUCCAAAGUCAUGAUUGUGCGCGACGCCGUCGAGUUCGCAUUCAACCAGGUCUACCGGGAGCAGCGGUUACGCAAGUCCUCCCAGCUGUACCUCGAGACCUGCCUGCCCUCCAUGGGCGACGUCUACUGCAUCGAAAAGUCCUUUCCGCGCCGAGAAGUCACUGACCCGCCGCCAUCUGGCCGACUCGACUACAUCAACUUCGACGACCUGCUCACCCACCUCGAGGAAGUCAUGUGCCGCGUCAUCGAAGUCACCAUGUCCGACCCCGUCGUGAAGCAGCACAUUGCCGACCUCAACCCGGAAUUCGCCAUGCCGGAGCGCCCCUUCAAGCGCAUGAAGUACCAGGACGCCAUCGACUGGCUGGUUGAGCACAACAUCCCCAACGAGGACGGCGAGCCCCACAAGUUCGGCGACGACAUUGCUGAGGCCGCUGAGCGCAGGAUGACUGACAUUAUCAACCGCCCCAUCUUCCUGACGCAUUUCCCCACGGAGAUCAAGGCGUUCUACAUGCUCAAGGACAAGGAGGACCCGCGUGUUACCGAGAGCGUGGAUUGCUUGAUGCCUGGUGUUGGUGAGAUCGUGGGCGGAAGUAUGAGGAUGGAUAACUAUGAUGAGUUGAUGGCCGCGUUCGCGAGGGAGCAGAUUGAUCCCGCUGCGUACUACUGGUACACUGAUCAGAGGAAAUACGGCUCCUCCCCGCACGGCGGCUACGGCCUCGGCCUCGAGCGCUUCCUCGCCUGGCUGUGCAAGCAACACACCGUCCGCGACUGCUGCCUGUACCCGCGCUACUUCGGGCGCUGCAAGCCUUGAGCGGCUCUUUUUCUUUUCCUUCGCCUUGGCGGCCGUGCAGUUUAGAUAGGGCUUGUGUGUGACGACGCGUAAGGCUUGCCAGCAGAUGUUGCACUAGAACCCAACCGUGGACGAAUCAUACCCAAUCAAAUCAUCGUGUUUGACUUU